AGGGGCGAAGGUAGAACUUCAGAUUUCUGGGUGGUGGAUCUGAGAGAUAACAAAGUUAUGAAGCUUGGGGGGCGCGUCGGGCUUCUUUGGGAUCACAAUAUACCACACGGAUUGAUUGCCGUGGAUUCAGUGAUUUACGCCAUCGGGAGGUAUAAACCAGAUUCUAUUUGCUGCCCGAAGGAGGAGGAGGGGGGAAUAUAUCACCACGAUCAUACCGGCACAUCUUUCCUGGAUUUGGCAGACCCCAGUGGUAGGUGGAAGGGAAUAGGUGGGAUGCUUAUUAGCAAUAGGCCGUUUCCGUGUUGUGCUUCCCUUAGCGACAAGAUAUUCGUUUUUGGUGCCAAAGCUUCAAAAGCCCAUUUGAAUUUGGGCGAGUUCUAUGACAAGAAGAAGAAUUGCUGGGAAGCAAUACCAUCACCACCGCUCAUCCGUCGUGACGCAUUUCGGCAUUGCCGUCCGGUUAUUUGCGACCCCGAGCACAAUCGGAUACUUGUCCAUUUCAGUUAUAUCAGUUCCCUCUAUGCAUACUAUCCCGAAGACGGCCAUCGAUGGGUUUGCCUAAAUGAUCACAUGCCGCCGUGGGACGGAGAACCUGCACCCUACCUCCUUGACAAUGUUCUCUACCUUAUUUCCUACAAAGACAAUUGCAUCACUGCCUUUGAUAUCUGCACCAAGGAGCACCUCGAGGUUUCUUGGUCCUCUUGCUCCCCAUUCGGCCCUCACGAACUUGCCCAAUUAACUUCCCCAUGCAUGAUUUAUUUGGAUGAUAACAUCAUGUGCGUCUAUCCAUAUGCGCCGUCGUCCUUUGAAUACUACAGGUUCCAAGUUUGCCGGGUCUCUAACCAACAACAGGGAGUGCUCAUAACUCCCCUCUCUACCCACCUCUUCCCAUUUCAAGGCCCCCGGACACCCAUUAAUACGGUCGCCCUCUAGGCCAGGUAUAGUAGCUCGCUGUUGAUGUCCGGAGUUCAAGAAUAUGAUGUGGUGUACUCCCCUCCCCCGUUCCGUUUCCUGUUCAGGUGACAUGGCCCCCACAAUCUCUCCAUUCCAUUCUUAAAACAUCAACGGGCGGAGGGAGAAUUUAAUUUGGUUUUAGUAUUAUAUAUGCAGAAUAAUGAGCGGGGAAUAUUUAUUAUAGACUUGUUGCUUGUAACAAAAAGCUUGUGGGAUG